AUGGAUGUUAGCAAUCUGCUGGAGAACGCCAUUUUGAGCUCCGACCCGGGCGAGCGUGGCCGCGCAGAGGCCGAGCUCUUGCGGCUGUCGGAGCAGAGCUGGGGCGCGUAUCUUCUGAGCAUGGUAGAAGUGCUGAGUAAUGAAACAAAGAGGACGGAGGUGCGGAUCUUGGCGGGACUGUCGCUGAAAAACCAGCUUGUGUCGAAGGAUCCGGUCAAGAAGCAGCAGCUGGCCGAGCGGUGGGUGCAGCAGGACAACGAUCUCAAGCAGAAGAUCAAGGACACGGCGCUGCAGACCCUGUUGACGCGUGACGAACGUGUGGCGAACGCUGCGGCCCAGCUGGUGGCUGCUGUGGCCGAUAUCGAGCUUCCACUGGGAACGUGGAAUGAGCUGAUGCACAUUAUAGUGGACAAUACCAAAGCAGACAAGCCGGUGAACGUGAAGAGAGCGUCGCUUCUGGCCAUAGGAUAUGUUUGCGAGAGUGCGGAUGCCACGAACCCGGCCGUGGUGGCGCAGGCGAACGGGAUUCUGAUUGCGAUUGUGCAGGGCGCGCAGUCGUCAGAGCCCAGCACGGUUGUGCGGAAAACGGCCAUCAAUGCGCUGGUUAAUUCGUUGGAAUUCAUUGCGGGCAAUUUCGAGCGCGAGGGAGAGCGGAACUACAUCAUGCAAGUGGUGUGCGAAGCCACGACGGCGUCGGACCCAGAGCUGCAAGCGUUGGCGUUCGGAGCGCUGGCCAAGAUUAUGAGUCUUUACUACCAAUACAUGGGGAUCUACAUGGAGAAGGCCCUGUACGGUCUGACGGUUUCUGGCAUGCAGAGCUCCGACGACAGGGUGGCAUGCAUGGCGGUGGAAUUCUGGAGCACCGUCUGCGAGGAGGAGCUCGAGAUAGCCAUUCAGCUGGAAGAGUACAAGGACCAGCCACCAUCAGACCUUGUUUCGUACAAUUUUGCGUUGGUGGCAAUCACGGACGUGCUGCCGACGCUUCUGAGCCUGCUGUUGCGUCAGAACGAAGACCCUGAGGACGAUGACUGGUCGGUGGCCAUGGCUGCUGGCGCCUGUCUGCAGCUUUUUGCACAGAACACCACGAAUUACGUGGUGCAGCCGGUGCUGCAGUUUGUGGAGGCCAAUUUGAAUCAGCCCAAUUGGAGAAAUAAAGAAGCUGCAGUGAUGGCGUUCGGCUCGAUACUGGAUGGCCCCGACCGGUCGGAGCUGACCGUUCUGAUCGGCCAAGCGCUCAGGCCUAUCUUGGCCCUCAUGAAGGAUGAGUCGCUGCAAGUCAAAGAAACCGUUGCGUGGUGCGUGGGCAGAAUAGCAGACAUGGUUGUCGAGGCGAUCGACGUAAACACGAUGCUUCCAGAGGUGAUCCAGGCGUUGGCUGCCGGUUUGCAGGACCAUCCGAAAGUCAGCACCAACUGCUGCUGGACCCUCAUCAAUCUUGUGGAACAGCUAUGUGUGGAUGCCAAGGACUCUCCUUCGAGCGUCAUGUCGCAAUAUUACCCAAUGGUGGUUCCGAUUUUGAUCCAGAACACAAAUUUACCCGAUAAUGAGCACUCGGCCAGAACGUCGGCUUAUGAGGCGUUGUCGACACUUGUAUUGUACAGCAGCGCCAACGACAUGCCGAUGGUGAACCAGAUUGCAUCGGAGUCGCUUGCGAAGCUUGACCAGACCAUUUCUGUGCUGAUGCAGGGAACAGUGGUUUCUGGCGAGGAGAAAGCCGUUUUGCAAGAAUUGCAAGCCAACAUUCUGUCCCUGCUGACGAAUGUGGUGCGUCGAAUUGGUGGCGACAUUGCUGCCGUAUCGGAUCAGCUGAUGGAGAAGUUUUUGCGGCUGCUGCAGAUUCAGGAACCAAAUUCGAUCAUCGAAGAGGACAUUUUCAUUGCCAUUUCGUCAAUUGCGUCGGCCAUCGACGUCCAGUUCGAGAAGUACAUGCCGUCGUUCCUGACGUUCCUCACCAAGGCGCUCGAGAAUACCGACUCGCCCGUCUGCGACGCUGCCAUCGGCCUCGUGGUGGACAUUUCUCAUUCCCUCGGAAACGCAUUCAUUCCGUACUGCCAAGGGUUCAUGGCCAUCUUGGGAAACACGCUUUCGAGCCAGAACGUGCGUCGUGAGCUGCGGCCGUUGAUUCUCUCGUGCUUCGGCGACAUCGCGUCGUCCAUCGGAGCUGAGUUUAUUCAAUAUUUACAGGUCGUCAUGAACAUCUGCAGCUCUGCGCAGCAGCUGGAGCCCGAGGACGCUUCUCUGGAGACGGAGGACUACAUUUUGAGUGUGAAGGAGGCCGUUCUGGACACCUACGUGGGAAUCGUGACCGGUUUGCACGACUACCCGGAUGCUUUGCAGCCGUACACGCUCCAGAUCGCCACGUUCCUGAUGCAAGUGUACCACAACCAGGCCAUGUGUUCGAGCGAAAGUGUAUGUCGAUCUGCCGUGGGGCUGCUCGGAGAUCUGGCCCAGAUCUUCAGCGAUGGCAGACUGAGAGAGUUGUACCAACAGGACUGGGUGGGUGAGUUUAUCAAGAAGACCAGAACCAACCAGAGAUUUUCUCAGGGCACCAGAGACACAGCUAGAUGGGCAAGAGAGCAGCAGAAGCUGCAACUACAUAUGUCUGCGUUUUCAGAUAAGCAAUUCGAUGCGAAGCAGUACGCCGACUUCCGGCCGCAAUACCCAAGCGCUCUGUUUGACAUCAUUCUCAAGUACCACGGUUCUAUGCCAGGCAACAAGUUCGGCACGUUGCUGGACAUUGGGUGUGGCACGGGACAGGCGUUCAAGCCAUUGAGCCCCCACUUCCAAAAAGUGGUGGCCACAGACCUAUCGACGGUGAUGGUGGAGCGUUCCAAAGAGGUGGCACGCACAUUGAGCACGCCUGUGGAGCUUUAUGUGUGUCCUGCAGAAAAAGUCCCCGUCGAAGAUGCAUCGGUCGAUGUCGUGGUGGCUGGAGAGUGCGUGCACUGGUUCGACACUGACAAAUGGUUCGACGAGCUCAACAGACUGCUCCGAGACAAUGGCACGGUGGCUUACUUUGCAUAUGUGGAUCCCGUGUUUGUGGGCGCGCCAGAGGCCAACCAGAUCUAUAAUGAGAUGGUGUACGAGGACGGAGCGUUUUUGGGCCCAUACUGGGAGCAGCCGGGACGCGGCAUCUUGAGACGGUUGUACAAGGACGUGAAUGAGAAAUUGGCCGCAGAUUCCCGAUUUUCCAACGUCGAGGUGGUGUACCACGACCCGGCAAAAGAACCCGCAGAGCACGCAAAAUUCACCAUCUCCAAAAAUUUGACCCUGGCCGAAUAUCUCAACUACGCCAAGACUUGGAGCUCGUACCACCGGUGGCAGAUGGCAAACCAGAAAAAGCCUACGGCCCUGGACCCGCUGCAGGAAGUUUACACGCGGCUCAACACCAGGCUUGGCUGGGACCUACAAACGAGCAUCCAGAUCUCGUGGAAAACUGUGUACGUUCUUGCCCGCAAAGUCGGACACAAGUAACAAUAUCGGUUUUAUUAGUAUAUGACACUUCUACUCGGCCUUUCCACCCUUUCUCUCAAUCAAAGCCUUUCUGUCUUUGUCCAGGUGCAAUUUGGUGAUGACAACCUUGGAUGGAUGGAUGUUGACUGGCACGCUGGCACCGUUGGAUUUCUCUUUGGUCAAUUUUUCGAGCUGGAUGGCGUAUUUCAGUCUGUACACAGAGGAGAUGGUUCCCUCCUGGCCCUUCUUGGAACCUCUGACAACGAGAACUUGGUCGUUCUUUCUCACUGGGAGAGCCUUGAUUUUGUAUUGUUCUCUGAGCUCCUUGGACAGAGGAGCAGACAUCAAAACUCUUCUCACAGAGGAUGGAGCGUUGAAGUAGGCCUUUCUGGCCUUGGAUCUGGAGGAGGAGACGUCUUGGGAAAUCUUAGCCAUGGUUGGUGGAAU